AUGGACGCGGGGCGCGGCCCCCCGGGCGGCCGCCUGGACCUGAGCCACGGCUUCGUGCGGCACAUCCGGCGCAACCAGAUCGCCAGCCCCCGGGCUGCGCCCACCGGCCCUUCCCUUCCGCGCAGGGACGACUACGACCGCCAGGUGAAGCAGGCCAAGGAGCAGCUGCGGCGGAGGCUCACCCCCGCGCCCGCCCGGCCCCGCAGGCCCGACCAGCAGGUCUACCGCGCCGGCCGCAGGAGUGCAGCCGGGGCCCCCCCGGGCGGAGGCGGCGGCGGCGGCGGCGGCGAGUCGGAGGCGUCCAGCGAGAGCAGCUCCAGCAGCCGCGAGCGGCGCCCCCGCGGCCCGGCGCUCUUCUGCCUGGAGUACGAGGCCGACGGCGGGCAGGUCACCUCGGUGGUGGUCCACCAGGAUAAUGACCCCGAAGAAGUGGUGGAGAAGGUCAGUGCCCAGAAUGAGCUGGAGCCAGCUUUGCACGAAGCCCUUCGGCAACGAGUGCGAGAGGAAUUGGAGAAGCGGCGAGCAAAACGCUGAGAGCCAUUGCAAGGAUUGAGAAAUACUGUAGGGGAAACAGUGCUGGACCCAUGCUUGGGGGGCUCCCUUACGCUGCUCAAGGGCACCAUCGGGAGUGGUGGCAGAAGGAAGCAAAUCCCUGCAGUCGUCCUUUGACAGCUCUGCCCGAAAAGUAAGCCAGCCAGAUUACUGCAGCCCAGACUUGCUUGCUGGCCCUGUAUCUUGGUGGUCUGCCUCCCCCC